AUGUCUUCCCUUACUGAUGAUCAGCAUAUCUAUUCUGAAUUCGCCGAUGUUGAGCGCCAGACACUUAUUCGGCAAAUUGUCGAUGACCACCCGGGUUUAAGUCAUCUCUCUCGCUCAGCCUUCUUCUUUCUUUGGUUCAGUGACAUUCGGCAGCUUAGAAACCUCGCGGCCCCAUGCUCUGACGAGGACCGCGAUGGACGCUACUGGGCGUUGACCGGUACCAAUAUGUGCGACCUGCCUGACAUUUUGCCAGUAUCCCCAUCUGAGAGGUCCCGUUCCGAGUCACCAAGCCUCUUCGAAGACGCGAUGACACCAGAGAGCGAGUACUGCCAGGCUGCUAGCCUCCAACGGGAUAAAUACCAAUGCGUCGUGACCAAGAUGGGCCGACCGACCCUUCAAUCCGCUUACAUCUUUCCGAGUAUCUCAGAUAACUCGUGGCGCUUGCUUCAAGUAUUCUUUGACAGAGAGCAGCUUAUCGCCCUUAACCCCGAGCAAGACAAUUGCAUCACAGAGCAGGUAUCCAACUAUCUCACGCUGUCUGUGCUCGUACAACGGUUCUGGCACUUUGCAACCUGUGCUUUCCGUCCUGUUUCGAUCAACAACGAGAACACCGAGAUGGAGAUCGCCUUUCACUGGUUACCUAUCACAAAUCACAAACGAGCUGAGAAAGUUCCCAUUUUCCAGCGACUAGACCUCAACCAAGUCCAAGAGUGGGUCGAGGGUCCACACGACGGUAUUCGCCUCCGUCAUGUGGAGACUGAACAAGUGAUUCGCUCUGGUUUCCUCUUCAAGGUCACCACAUUCGACCCAGAGAGUCAGCCGCUGCCUUCAUUCGCGUUGUUACAAUUGAAAUGGAGGCUGUCGCGUAUUGCCGCGAUGCAAGGAGCCAGUGGUGAGGGAGAUCGUGUUUGA